AUGAAAAAUCCUAUAGGGUUCGAGCCGGUAAACAUACCCAGGGAUCUCUUAAAUGAUUUAGACAUGACCGUAUGUUAUACUAGCUUCAUGGAAGCUGUAAGUGCAGAUCAUCAACUUUCGGUUUUGAAGAAUAUAGUAACAGAUACAAACAACUUAGAAGACAAUAUUAAAUUUCUUGUCAUUGUUUUUUUACAAACCGAGGCAAAACAUCCUAUCAAAAACUUUAUUACCAGAUUUGUAACCAAAAACAGUCAUAUUCAAGAAAUGUUUUCUAAGGCAUUGAUGUUAAAAAUUUCUUCCUUAAUAGACAAAAAUGUUGUAAACCACAGGACUUGUAAGGAUGUAGUAAUGAAACUCGCAUCUUGUAUAGAAAAUUUUCCUGCUGGAGCCACUGCUAUAAGAAUGUUGGAAAUGCCUUUAAUUUAUUAUUUGAAAGAAUGUUUAAAGUGCUGUGUCAAACUAUUGAGUGAAAAUGCUUUAUCACCAACAGAAAAAACAGAAUUAUUUAACCUUUCACAUUUAACGUUAAGGUUAUUGCUGCACAUAAUACAGAAAUGUUCACAAAAGACUCCAGUUACAGAUAUAUUUCAAGAGUUAAAAAAAUCUGUAAAGUACAUUCUGUUUGAUGUUGACACACCAAUGGAUACUAAAUCUGUGUGUGGCAUGUUAAUAGUAGCUAUCCAUGUGUUGGAAAAUGGUGCAGAUUCUUGGAUAGAUAUUUUGUCAUCUCAAGAAAAAGAGGAGGAACUUAAAGAUAUGCUAGAAAACGAUUCGGCCAAAUUAAGCUUGUAUUCAGCGAUAGUCACAGUUGUGCCUGUACAUAAGCUUUAUACAAAACAUGUUGAUGAAGAAGUUGCUGUUUUAAUGCUUAUUAAAAAGAUUUUGGUUACAGGAGAGAGGAUGUGCUCAGACUCUACAUUCACGCUAGGCGUUACUCGCAGUCUUGUCCAUAUAAGCAAAUCCUUAGAUAAAUCAGGAGAAAUUGGGAUUAAAGCCAUGGAUAGAUUGCUAGUUUUUAUGUGGUCCCAUUUAGAACAUUACAUGGAUAGUGUACGGCACCUAACUGCACAAAUGUUGAAUAACAUCAUCAAGUAUUCUGCAUUACUGAAAAGGCAAGGUAAUGAAUCAGCCGUUAGUAAUAUUAUAACAUCCUUAAAUAGCUUGGACCGACAUCGAAAGAGUUUUUACUUAACACUAACUUCACUUGCCAACGAGUUAGGCGCACUGUACUUGUUAAAUGUGCUUCCAAAUAUCAUAAAUGAUGUAAUUUGUGCGCUUCACGUGCAAGCGGUACAAGCCAGUGCUACAACAUUUCUUGAAGUUUUGUUGCAGAAGCAAAUUAAAGAAUCGUCCAGUCAAGUCAUAUAUGAGAACUGGGUAUGUCCCAUACUUUUGCAUGUACGAACGAAUUCACUUGACUCAGCUCUAAUGAAUAUAUUAGAAGGUUUGCUUGCUCUUGCCAUUAAGUUGGACGAGCAGAUAAUGGAUUAUGUGUUACCAUAUAUAAGUGAAUCAUGCGCAAAUAUAAAACGUAGUGAACUAAAAUGUGUUCUCAUGCUGUUGAGCGUUGUUCGCCGUUCGCGGCGACAGAUGUUUAGUGACGUCAUUGGAUACCAUGUUCUUGAGGCAGCUGCUGUUGAUUUAGUUGAUGAGACGAGAAUAUUAUCAUUGGCCCUUAUAAUUGAAUCUACAAAGACUACAGAAAUAUUUUCACAAAAAGACUUGGAUUUUGUCUUAUUUUUUCUCAAAUACAACUGUAAUGCGCAGGAGCCGCAUUUUAGACAACUCAUGCUCUCAAUGAUUAAAAAAUUUAUCAAACGUUUUGAAGAUAGUUACAAAGUACUGAAACGGAAUAAUACAGAGCCAUCGAGAUAUUACUUAGAAUUUGUUGAGAAACUGCGAGAGCUGUGUUACUCGAGUUUACUUCGCGGCGCAAACUAUAGUCGGCGUAUUGUCUCACUACAAAUAUUGGACUGGAUAGAACAUAUAGCUUUGGACGAAUACGAGAGGUCGUGGAAAGAGGAAUAUAUUGACCGUUUAUUAGUACAUUUAGAAGAUAGUUAUGAAAACAACAAAAUGUUUGCACUUAGCAUCCUUCAAUUGUGCCCUGCAGAAAUGCUUCAAAAAAAUACAUACUCAAUAAGUUUGAAACUGGAGAAAAUAUUGAGUGAAGCUUCUUCCGUUAAGCCCACUUGCACUUGUGCAGCUUAUAAGCUGCUAGUUUUAAAGUCGUGCUGUGCUUCAUAUGUCGUCAGUUUGAAUAAAGGUGAAACUGACAGACCUGAAGAAGUGACAUACAUACUACUAAAGUUUCUACUAACUCAGCUAGAAAAGGAGUUGGCAGUGUGUCAAAGAAGCGUACUACACUCAGCUAAAGAUGCGCCUAUGUAUGGACUUGUUCAUUGUAUGAGAUAUCUUCUGGAGAUCAUUGAUCCGUGCGUGAUCUCUUGUGAUAGCAAUUGGACGGAGCUAAUAUCCCGUAUAAUAAGUGUGUGUUUGGACGUCAACCGAGCCGUUGCCUGUGUCGUGAAUAACUCUUCACCCGAAGGACACCUUCCAAUGGAUAUGAAUGGAGUUACAAAUGAAGUGUCUAAUUCAAACAACGUGUGUCUACAAGAUGGCCGACCUGUCACUGCGCAAAUGGUAUUGCUCUGCGCUUGGCGGUCCGUUAAGGAGGUUUCACUUCUCCUGGGCAUUAUAUCCUCUCGGCUGGCCAUAGAAGGAGAGGGUGAGAAAAAAGGCAGUGUGUCAAGGGAAAUAAUUUGCGAAGUAGGAGAUCAUUUCACCACGCUUUUAGCUGAAACGAAACAUCGCGGCGCGUUCGAACAGGCAUACGUCGGGUUUACCAAGCUUUUGGCCAGAUUAUGGCGUUGUCAAAACCCACAACUUCAUGAACUCCCAAAACGGUGGUUGGACGAUCUUUUGCAAGUGAUACAAAGCGGGGAUAACGAAAAGCUGUGUGCCACACGACGUAGCGCUGGUUUGCCUUAUAUGAUACAGGCGUUGGUUAUAACUGAACUGCAAGUGACUGGCAACCCCAAGUGUUUUACGCAAUGUAUGCGCACACUACUACACAUAGCUAAAAACAGCAACUCGGUGGAAGCGCGUACACAUUGCACAAAUAUAUUGCGAGCGUUAUAUCGGAAUACUAAUCUCGACGAUGUGGUGGCGGGGUAUGUAGGGGAGGGGUUGUUGUUGGCACUCAAUGGAUUCGAAGGGAAUACUUGGCAGGAACGUAACUCUUCUACACUACUGUUCAGCGCGUUAAUGGUGCGAAUAUUCGGCGUCACUCGUGGUAAAGACCCGGAUACGCUCUGCACCCGCAACCGGAUGACGGGCCGGAUAUUCUUCCUGCGGUAUCCCGCGUUGGCUGACUUUAUGCUGAAUAAAUUAAGUGAAGCAAAUGAAAGCGAAAAGUUACUACGACCUUCCGUUUACCCUGUACUGUUGAUUCUAGCUAGGCUUUAUCCAUCUGCAUUAGAAGGCACUGUAUCUAACAUAAAGCUGGUAUCAUUUAUUCCAUCUGUACUGUCGUGUGCGAGCAACCCUGUUCUAAAGACGAGACAAUUGGCUGCUAAAGCAAUGGUACCGCUCGUUUCUCCGCAUAUGUACAUACAGCAUAUACAAGCUAUGUUCAAAUUGAUUGGAGAUCGUCAUAUAAAAAGAAACUACUGCCACGGUGUCAUAUUGCAGGUUAUAAAGCUGUUAGAAGCAAAACCAGAAGAUUUACAAGAUGAUUAUUCUGCAACAAGUUUAAAUGAGUCAUUGUUGGAUACCAAAUGGAUUAUUGAGCAGACCUUAACAAAUAUACCAUGUUACUUGCUCACAGAUGACUAUGUCAAAAUGGUGGAUUUGAUUGUUAACAGGUUUCCAGUAUCUGUGCAUUCGAAUCUUCUACGCGAAAUAAAACCUUUGUUAAAUCAGAUAUUGUUUGAAGAUUCUUCGUCUAUAUUAAAAUCAGGCAAAGAGGUCUGCCUAGCAAAUAUCGUUAAAUUAUACCUGAGCAUACUUAAUUCACAGAAGAAUAUAGACGAAACUUGUGAAUUCAUAAAGAAAUGCCUUAAGCACAAUGUAUAUGAAGUUGUUUUAGUUAUACUCAAUCAUUUAUUAGCUAUUUACACAGAAUCUUCCGAAACGAAAUUACAAAUAAUUCUUGAUUCUAUGCAAUUACUCCGAAGAGACUACAUACAACUUUUGUGUAAGUUAUUGGAUAAUCCCUAUCUCGAAUGUACGCAAAAAGCACUUCAGUUACUCGUAUUAGAAGAGAACACACAAGAAACGAUAAUAAGAGCCAAGUUAAAGAAAGAUGACAUAGGUGAUAACGAAACAAUAUAUUUAUUAAUACAUCUCCUAGAGAAUGAACACGAAAAUUUUACUCAACACUAUUUAAGAAGUCUAACUACGUUCGUGAGUAGAAUGCUCGUAGAAUUAUCGUUUACUGGAACAAGUAUAUUACAAGCGAUAAGGGUUAUGUUUGCUUGCUCGUUCUCCCAUAACGGUGAUACUACGAGAAAAAUUGUAGUGGAAUUCCUUGAAGUGAGCUUAGAACGACUGUUGACUCUGGAUAUUGAUUUGGAUGACGAUGAACAAUUUGAAUAUAACGCUACUAUUUGGUCCAUAGUGGCAAUACUAUUGGAAGACGACGAAAAAACAAUUAGAAACAGCAUGUCAUGCAUUAUAACCGAUUUAUAUAAUAAGCAACGUUCCAAGAACAAUGAGCUUGGCCAGGUUAUACCAAGUAAAGCGAUGGAGUAUUUAGUGGAAUUUGUGGGUAGUUGUCCAUCUGGGCAAGCGAUAUUGUGCGUGUUGGCGCUUUUAGACUUCAAAAGCGAAGUAUGCAUGAACGACGAAGUUAAUGACGAGUGUCGCGUAUUCGAUACCAACGAAAGACACAAUAUUUUCUCGGAGGAGGUGAUUUUGACGGCUACUUGCGUACGCGCACUUCGGCAGGAGUUUGACAUGUCGGAAAAGGAUGUACAGAUUAUAAUUAGUAACCCUAUAUAUAAACGCACAUUUAACUCUUUAUGUGAUCAAAACUUACCUUUUGAUGUAAAUAGUCAUUUCAAAAGUAAAAAUGCUAAUCCAAAAUUUGAUAUUUUCCAUAAUAUACUUUCGACGUAA